GGGUAUAUCAAGCAACUUGUUGCACUUAGUAUCAUUGAGUUCCCAUCGAAACUCAUCAUGGCGAGUACGAGCAAUAUCCUUGCGGCAUUUGCCAUCGCCUUUUUGGCCUGUUUAUCUCUAAGUUCGGCUCUCGCCCAGCACAACUUAGAUAUCUCUAAUGCCUUUGAAGAUCUCGAGCUGCAACCAUUUCUUCGGGAAAAAAGACAAGAGAAAGCAGAGGUGUUCCAUCUAAGAAAUAGUAAUCCUUUGGAAUUGGAAGAAGAAUUAUCAGAGCCCGCGAAAACCGUCUACGAGAGAAGAGCGGUCGUGGAAGAAGCAAAAGAUGAUGGAAAAAGCAAGGAGCGAGAGAAACCGAGUACCGAGCCUAAAAUAAACAACGAUAUCGAAAAAGAAGAGGAAGAUGCUCAGGACGAUAUAUUUUCAUAUAGGAGUAUGCACGAUCUCAUCCAAGCAUUGAUUCUCGCGGAUGAAGAGGACAUUGCUGAGAGACUACAACAAUUGCGAGAGAAUGCUACGAAAUCCGAGAAAUUUAGCAAAUUGCCAAAGCGUCAGGCGGUAGCGUCCGCAACCGCAACAGCAUCCGCGUCAAGCAGUCUCGUCGGAGCGAAUCUGUGGGACGCCGUUUCUCUGGUCGAUCUGGAUGAGCACUCUUGCGAGGUCGAAGCUUUUUCACAUGGUCACUUUCACGUAUCGGGAACGAUCGUGCACGAAUUCUUCUGCGAGUUGAGGAAGUUCUGGCAUUACGGCCUGAUUGUCUUCCGGAAUUUGAAGUCCGGGCUUACCUUCGGACCAUUGAUAGCUGGGGAUAUAAUUCACGAAGGCUUAUUCAGCCACUUGUUCCAUCAUACUUCGCGUCUUUUCGAUGUCAUCAUCAGCGAGCCCCAUCAUCUGUUGAUUUUGCCCGAUAUAAUCCGAGAUGCUGUACCGUUGACUAGCGUCACCGGUGCCUGCCAUCGAUUUAAACACGUCUUCUUCAAGGUACUGCACUUUGGGCUCGAUCUCUUCCGCGGACACGUUCGUCACGUCCUCGCGCACUUGUUCUCUCAUCCGCACUUGGGCGUGCAUUUGCGAGAAAGGUUGCAUCACUUGCAUAGAUUCGGCUCGAUACUUCCGCUGGAAGAGAUAGUCGCGGAACCGAUCGUAUCCACGGCAGCGGCAGCGGCGACAGCGACGGCAACGGCGACGGCGACGACGACGUCGACAGCGACUACCUCUAGCGAUAGUUCGAUCAUCGUUCCAGACUACCACAGAUCAUUGGCAGAAGUGCUAUCUUCAUUCCGCGGCUUCUACGAUGGUUACCACGCGUCUGGAUUAGCUCAUCUGAUUAGAACUGGCGCAAGGAGCAUCUCCAUGUCCUCAGCGUUCCCCAGAAUCAGCUCGUGUUUGUCGCCCUUCUUCAGUCAUUUUACAGGAUACGGGCCAGUCGAACAGAGCACUACAGUGACCACGGCAUCCAGCACGUCCAGCACAUCAAGCUCCAUUGGUGGUAUCGGUGCAGGUAGCCCAUCCAUACUAAGCCCAGUGAUAGAACCAACGAUAGUUCCGGUAGCACCACCGGUACCCGUCGUCCCUAUUCAGACCGAAACUGCAAGCUCUACGGCGUCCGCUACCGCCACCGCCACUGCCACCAUCGCCGAGACGCAGCCGGUGUUUUCCGCUGAACCGACAAUCAUCCCUUCGGUUAUCCCCUGCGAUCAACCAAUCUCUUCAGGUGUGGCGGCAAGUGCGGCAGCAGCAACGGCAACCGCGGCGGCAGUGCCAGUUGUUUCAAGCUACCCGACUGCGUCUCUGAUACAACCGGUACCCACUUUGUCCCCGGCGAUUGUUUCCAACACGGUGUCCGAGAGUAGCUCCGUGGUCGUAGCCGCGCCGGAAGCCGCGGUUCUGCCUACUGUUCUGGAGGGCAACGGGGCUGCAGCCGCCUCUGCUACUGCUGCAGCUGCAGCUGCGUCCUCAGCCGCGAACGUCUUCCCGACUUCGGUCGUUGGACGAGCACCAAUCGCCUUGCCAUUGCGCAGACACAGGCCCAGACCGAUCCUAUCCACUGUCACACCCGCAACCGCGGCCGCGGCCGCGAGCGCGUCCGCUUCCACGGGCGGCUAUGUCCCAUCCUUUGGACCGGCUCGAUAUCGUGGUCUCGAUCUGGACAUUGAUCGCAGAAUCAGAUAUCCAUCACCGAUUCGUUCGCAAGUCUUCCCCGCCGUGAUUCCGUCGUCGGCCGUCACCUCGUCAACCGCCGCGGCCGCAGCGGCGGCGUCAACCUCCUCCUCGUCUGCCGCGGCCAGCAGUUCAGCCAGCUCCAUUUCCUCGGGUGGCUUCAACUUUGUCCUGCCCAGGGAACAGAUAAUCGGUGCUCUGGGUCACGACGACUACCUACUGCCGGGCGACGUCGUCGUGGUUAACCUGAGAAACAAAUCGAGGCUGUUCGGCCGCGUACUAGAUGCCACCAGCCCAGUCACGUUCGGCUUUCUACAGCCGAAGAUGCGUGCCUCUUUGCUCCGUCACGGUGGACGUGUCUGGAAUCUGCUACCUAGAGACUUCAGGGAUCCGGAGUGCUUCCGGAAAUUUAACAAUCCUCUACUCCUGCGUCAUGGCAUUUAGACAUCACUAUCUAUCUCGUGACUAGUCCUCAAUCAUUAUCGACUAUCGAUUAACAAUUAUAGCCGAUCGCAAUUGUGAAUAAAGAUGUGUCUUGAAAAA